GUCCUUGGCGCGGGGGCGGAGGAGUAGGCGGGGCCUGAGCGCGCCUGCGCAGUCCACUCUACUCGGCGGCGAAGGAGAAGCGUUAGAGGGAAGAUGGAAGACUUCCAGGGUUCUGAGGAGACUUCAUUUGUGGUUGAUGAAGUGAGCAACAUUGUAAAGGAGGCUAUAGAAAGUGCCAUCGGUGGUAAUGCCUACCAGCACAGCAAAGUCAACCAGUGGACCACGAACGUGGUAGAGCAGACCCUGAGCCAGCUCACCAAGCUGGGGAAGCCAUUCAAAUACAUUGUGACCUGUGUGAUCAUGCAGAAGAAUGGAGCUGGGCUCCACACCGCAAGUUCCUGUUUCUGGGACAGCUCCACGGAUGGCAGCUGCACAGUCCGAUGGGAGAACAAGACCAUGUACUGCAUCGUCAGUGCCUUUGGUCUGUCCAUCUGA